AAUUAUAUUACUUAAUAUAUAGUAAUUUUAUAUUAAUAUAGGAAAUAGAGGAAUUCUGAGAACUAAGCCAUGCAGAAAUAUUCUACAAACCAGACAGGCAGAGGGACCCAGCAGAGACUAGCAAAGCCUGUAAGUCAUCACAUUCCAUCAGAAACAUCCAGAUGAAACCAGAUGAAAAAGCACUUCAACAAUACUCCUGAACAACUGUGAGGAUUUCUGAACUCACGAACACAGCAAGAGAUCAGAUUUGAAGUAUGGCUCAGAGUGACUUCCUCUACCCAGACAACCCAAAGAGGAGGCAAGAAGUAAAUCGCCUUCACCAGCAGCUCCUUGACUGCUUAUCUGAUAGCUUCCAUGCCACCAAUAAGCUGAUUGGGGUUUUAAAUAUGCACUUGGGGUGCAAGCUGGCCUCCAUUGAGAUGAAAAGAGAUGGGACCAUCAAAGAAAACUGUGAUAUCAUCAUCCAAGCCAUGAUGAAAAUCCAAAAGGAAUUGCAAAAGGUUGAUGAAGCGCUGAAAGAUAAACUAGAGCCAACCCUCUAUAGAAAACUUCAGGAUAUUAAAGAAAGGGAAACAGACAAAAUUGCAAUAGUACAAAAGGUUAUUUCAGUCAUCCUAGGAGAAGCUACUUCUGCAGCCAGUGCAGUGGCCGUUAAACUUGUGGGCUCAAAUGUCACAACUGGCCUAAUUAACAAGUUGGUCACUGUGUUAGCGCAAAUUGGUGCUUCUCUCCUUGGUAGCAUAGGAGUUGCUGUUCUUGGUCUUGGCAUAGAUAUGAUUUUCCGAGCUAUCCUGGGAGCAGUGGAGAAAACACAGCUUCAAGCAGCCAUUACAAGUUAUGAGAAGCAUCUGGUGGAAUUCAAAUUAGCCUCAGAAAAGUACCAUCACGCCAUUACUGAGGUCACCAACUCAGUGAAACACCAAAUGAAAUAAACAGCCACUUUAUUUGCCACUGAAUAUUAUUCUGCUUCUCAAUAAUAGUGUUUUGCCUCUUUGAUUGGGUUUCUUUUCUGUAAGCUUCCAAAAGGGACUUAAACACAGUAAACAACCUGGGAAGAAGUUGAGUUCUUGAGUUUUGUGUCAACAACGAAUGCCUCAUAGAUUGGUGCUAGCACCUGCGAGGUAAAAGCUUAUAUCCCAAGAUGUCUUCUUACUGCUCUACCAGAACAUUAGGGUAAAUGCUAUUGCAGAAGAGCAGAUGUAGAGGUUACCUCUUUCUUUUCUAAUCCUACAAAUCUUUAAAAUUUACAUUGAAUGUAGAGAUUUUCAUUUCUAUCUUUAGCUUCAGACAUCAUUUAAUUCUAAGGAAAUAUACUUAGUAACUUUUGUCUAAACACGAGCCCUGGGCAUUGGAGUGGAAAAGAAAACUACUACCAUAAUUUUGAACAUUAGUUUAAAUUCAAUUUCCUGUAAACUGGAAGAGACUGAAUAUGGUUUGUAACAAUUUACUUCAACAACGAAAGGAGGCAAUGGUUGUGUAAACUUCUACUAAUUACACACUAUAAUCUGGAUGGAUUUUUAGAAGAUAAAAGUUAAAACUAAAAAGAUAGAGGUCCUGUUUCUACAUUUGCAACCAACCUGAUCAACUGUGGUGGGGUGACUAUAUAUCCCUCAAUUGAAUGUUUGAAUAUUCUGAAACACUUAAAAAAACAAAUAAGCAAAUCCCAUCUAUACAUGCAUAGGGAUGCAGGAGAGGAAAGUUGCUAUUCUUUUAAGAAUUUGUCAUUUAAAGGCAAGUCAUAAUUUAUUACCUUAGAAGUUUUCAUAAAAACAAAAUUUCCUUUUCAGUACUAGCAGAACAGAGGAAGUUGCUCUUACUACUAAAACUUGAAGGACCCCAUUUCAUUAAUUACCUGAUUUCAGAAAAAUCUAGAGGCUAUGGAGUCCUAAUGGUUCAGUUGAACUUCUGUAGAUGCAAGCAUUUUCUAAAUCCUUCACCAGCUAUUAACUACCCAUUGAGACUUUUAGGUUCUACUUACAAAUUAAUGAGCUGUUGAUGCAAGAAUGUGUUUGUUACAGUUGAUUCUUACAUCCAAGAAAUGUCUUGAAAUUUAAAAAGCUCAGCACAUCUCAAAAAUUAAAAGGCUAGAAUUACUUUAAUUUUUCAAAUGUACUCAUUUUCUCAUCACUGCUUUUUAAAAUAGUUGUAGAGUGCCACUAUGGAAAGCAGUAUGGAGGUUCCUCAAAAAGCCAAAAAUAGAAACACCAUUCCACCCAGCAAUGCCACUUCUAGAAUUUACCUGAAAAAAACAAAAUCCCUUAUCUGAAAAGAUAUAUGCACCCCUAUGUUUACUGCUGCAUUGGCAAUAGCCAAAAUAUAGUAGCAACCAAAGUGUCCAUCAAUAGAAGAAUGGAUAAAGAUGUGGUAAAUAUACGCAAUGGAAUAUUAUUAUGCCACAAAAAGAAAAGAAAUCCUGCCAUCUACAACAUGGAUGGCUCUAGAAGGUAUUAAAGCUCAGUGAGAUAAGCCAGACCAAGAAAGACAAAUACCAUAGGACUUCACUUAUUUGUGGAAUAUAAAUAUAAAGAAAAUAGAAUGAACAAAACACCAGUAGACUCAGACACUGAGAAGGGACUGGUGGUUACCAUGGGGGAGGGGGAGAGGGAUAAAGGGGCACAAAAAUUCUCAAUCAUAAUGUGUGUCAUGGGGACAGUAGUACAGCAUGAAGAAUAUAGCCAAUGAUUCUGUAACAUCUUCCUUUGUUGACAGCUAGUAGUUGUACUAGUGGGGAUAAGGAUUUAAUAAUAUGGGUAACUGCUGAAACACUGUGUUGUAAUAUAAAACUGUGUAUCAAUAAAUAAAUAGAGCAAAAGAUUUUAACGCUUAACCAAGAAGACUUUUGGAUGGAAAAUAAACACAUGAAAAUAUGUUCAACAUCAUUAGCCAUUAAAGAAAUGCAAUUAAAAACCAUCAUGAGAUUCACUACACUCCUAUUAAAAUGGAUAAAAGUACUGAUAUAUCUGCCGGCAAGGAUGCAAAGCAAUUGGAACUCUCAUACAAUGCUGAUGAAAAUGCAAAACAGUAUGGCUGUUUUGGAAAAUAAUUGACAGUUUCCUACAAAGUUAAACAUAUUGCUACCAUAUGACUCAGCAACACCACUUCUGGGCAUUUACUGUAGAAGAAUGAGUGGAUAAACAAGAAGUGGUACAUAGAAUCCAUACAGCAGACUACUACUCAGCAAUAAUGUGGAAUGAAAUACUGGUACAGGCAACCACACAGAUGAAUCUCAAAGGCACUAUGCUAAGUGAAAGAAGAUAGUCUCAAAAGAUUAUACACUAUUUCCAGUUACUGGCAGUAAGGGACAGAACUGUAGUGAUGGGUAAGAGAUCAGCGGUUGUCAGGAGUUAGAGGUGGGGAGAGGGUGUGGCAGUAGUAGUAUUCUGGGAUGGUGGAUAGUUCCUCAUCUUCACUGCAGUGGUGGUGGUUGUAUGACCCUGUAUACAUGUGAAAAUGAAUAGAACUAUGGAUGUUUUCAGAAAAACAAAAUUUCCUUUUCAAAAAAGGACGAUUUUACAAUAUGCUAAUUUUAAAACUUAAAAAAAAAAUCACUCCCUGUGCUUCACGUCUUGCCUGUCUUCAAUUCAUCUGCUGUUUAUUUCACUUACGGUAUAAUCUACUUAUAUUUUCUUUUUCUUACGGGGACAGCUAAAAAAUUAAUAUAUUGGAUAAUAUUCUUCCCCCACUGAAUUAUUUUUAUUAGAAUAAAUUUGACAUACAACAUUACGUAAGUUUAAGGUGCUAUACAACGUGUUGAUUUGAUACAUUAUAUAUAUUGUAACAUGAUUGCCACUAGCAAUAGUUCGCACUUCCACAUCACGUAAUUCUUUCUUGUGGUUGGAACACCCCCAAUAUUAAUGCUCCUCCUGUUUUUUUCUUUUUUUUCAAUAAAUGUAUGAGUAUGUUUCUGAAGAAAAGUUACUGAACUAAAUUAGUUCAACUUCAAAAUUCAAUCUUAUUUUUUUUUAUUACCUGACUGAUGAGCUUUAAACUACAAGAUCUUGUCAUUGCUCUUUCAGACUAAAACCAAUGAAGAAUUUUCUGACAAAGGUUAGUUUAGUAAAGAGUCCAAUCUGACACAGUUAAAUGCAUAUUUAUAUAUUCUGCUAUAAAUUUUUAUGUAUCUCCAUCAGCAUUUUGUAAUAUUCAUAAUUGAUAGGAAUAAUUGGCCUCUAACAUAUUUUCCUAAAAGGAAUAUUAAUGAUCAGAAAUAACCGAGCACAAUGCCUUUUAAAAGAAUUUCCUUACCUUUAAGGGGAAAACAGGGAAGGAGUCUUAGACAAAGAGAUGGACAGAAGAUAAAGUAAGGACGUAGAAGUCUACUAAGUCAAUAACCCCGUAUCUACAGUGACAUCAUAAAGGAGUUUUGGUGAAAAGACCGUAAAGGAAAGGGGUCAGUAUGUCAACCGGGCCUCUCGUAAAUUUAAAAUUGACUAUACAUGUAUCCCCACAUUUCCUCUUAAAUAAACUAAUCCCGCAGAUUAUCAAUCUAAGACUCUAACAAGGGUAUGUACUUGCUCAGGCCUAGAAACGUUCUGUGUCCCUACGAAAACAACACAACUUCCAGGUGGACCUGACGCUAACGAAGCGCUUCAAACACAAGAGCAUGCGUCGCUGCUUCUCAGACACUCCCAAAAGAUAACACUUGCUUACAUCACGAAAAAAGGAAAUUCGAAAACCAAACACAGUCCAGGAGACAAAACAACGCCAAACACCCCCGUCUAUACAACCAGCAAGUCUCCGACGGCGCAAUAAACGGAGC